UCCCGGCGGCUCCACCCGCCCGGCUGUCCUCCGUGGCUAAUCCCCUGCCUCUGAGCGGAGCCCACCCGGCCCGCCCGCUGAGCAGAAGGCGUCAUAAAAUAUAGCAGCUCGAAAACCACAAGCAUUUUUACACCCACGCUCCUGAGUUCCCUUCCUGAGCCCAGGGACACCCUCUCUCUUCAGGCCUGAUCUGUGGGAGCAGCGGCUGAAGCCUCAGCCACAACAUGGCAGAACAACUGCCAGAAGAGGUGCUGGUGCUCAUCUUUCGCCACCUGCCCCUAAGGGACCGUGCCGCUGCUGCUGAAGUCUGCAGGGCCUGGGCCACCGCUGCUACCAGCAGUGCCCUGUGGUAUGACACGAACAUCAGUUGCGACUGUGAGCAGGAAGGCAUGUUGCCGCCGAAUCUGUACACCUGCCUGGACUACAUUCACAAUCUGCGGCUGGAAUAUGAGCCGUCGAGGAAGCUGAGUCGCCAGUCAGCUACUGAGCUGCUGACUGCCGUGGCGGACCGUGCCCCAAGGCUUCGAGGCCUGCGCCUGGAGUGCCUCGGUGAGAAACCGCUGUUUGACUCAGGCCGAGAUGUCCUGGGCGCAGUGCAAGCUGUCUGCAGGAAUGCCUGCAAGCUGCGCCACCUCGACCUGCGGCGCUUGCCCUUCACACUGGAUGACGAGUUGGUGCUGCAGGUGGCGCGUGGCUGCCCAGAGCUCCGAAGCAUUUUUUUGGACAACCAUACUCUGGUGGACAGUGUGAGGCCCCGCUCAGUACUCAAGCUGCUGGAGGCCUGCCCGCAUCUGCGCGCCCUCGGCCUGCACCUGGCCAGUCUAUCCUCUGCCGCCCUCCAGGCGCUGGCCUCUCCAGAUCGUGCACCUUUGAAGCUCCUGGCCCUUCGGUGCGCGUGCCCUGAAGACGCACGCGCAUCCCCCGUGCCCGACGAAUUCUGGGCGGCAUUACGCUGCCGCCACCCUGAGCUGGCAGUGGAGCUAGAGCUUGAGCCUGCGAUGCCAGCCGAGAGCGUGACGCGUCUCCUGCAGCCAACAAUACCCGUGGCUGCGCUGCGUCUCAACCUCUCGGGUGACACCGUAGGUCCGGUGCACUUCGCUGCGCGCCACUACGCUGCAACCUUGCGCGUGCUAGAGGUGCGCGCUUCCACCUCACCCGAGCUGGAUGCUGCGCUGCAGGAGCUGGCAGCGCGCUGCUCCCUCCUGCACGAGAUACACUGCUUCUGCGUGGUGAGACCCUCAGUACUUGACGCCUUCCGCUCACACUGCCCGCGCCUGCGCAGCUACACGCUCAAACUGAAGCGUGAGCCACAUCCCUGGCAGCCCACGCUCGUGUGGUGAUUGGUCAACUCCCCACCCCCAACCUGCAGACUUGAGGUCUCUGAUACGCGGGCGGGAGUUUCCUGGGUGCCCUCCAACUGCCAGCCCCUUUGGGAUAUCGUUUGCCUUCUGUGCCUCUCCGGGACAGAGACUGGGACCUGUAGGGUGGUGUCCGAACCAGUCCGGGGCGCUCUGAGUCCACUCGGUGCUCUCAGCCUCUGCAGAUGGCAACUCUGUCGGGGUAGUAGGGGGGCUUCUCCACCACAUCCCUCUGUGCACUCUGCCCCAGCCCGGCAUGGAAGGAGGGUGGCCAUGGGCGCUGGCCAGCCGCAGGGGUGAAUGUGAAAUAAACAGACCUUGCAGUAUCUGCGCCGGGUCGUUGGGAUUGUGUGAAAUAAACAGACCUUGAGGUA